UAUAUAAGCUGCCCUGCCCAAUCCAAAACCCAAACAAAGCCUCCUCGCCCUCGCCUUAUCCCCUCUUCCCCUCACCUCGCUUCACCCACCUCGCCAUGGCCUUCGUCUCCGCGACCGCUGCCUCGACCUCCCUCCUCCUCCCCGCUCCAUCCGCUGUCAGCGGAGUCGCGGGCGUGUCCGCCUCGAUGCACCGCCGGCUGCGCUUGGCUCCUCUCCACGCGGUGAAGGGCUCGAGCUCGGCGCCGGUGGUGAUGGAGAGCAAGGUCAAGAACAAGAAGAAGGGGUCCGGCGCCGGGAACCUACCGGGAGCUCUCGACGUCGAGAUUAGGGAGGCCCAGGAGUACCUCGACAGCGACGAGCAGGAACCUGUUCCAGACAACUUCCCUUUUGAAAUCCUUGACGAAGAGGGUACGAGCGUGGUUAUUUUGAAAAGGGACUACAAGGACGAGAAGAUUGAGGUCAUUGUCAGCAUACCUAAUUUAGAAGGGGGCCCUGAGUUUGAUGACGAAGAUGGUGAGGGCGAUGGUGAGAAUGCUGGCAAGGACGAUGAAGAAGCAGAAGAUGAUGAGAGUGCCGGAGAUAGUAGCGUUUCUCUAAAGGUGGUGGUCUCCAAAGACUCCGGCCCAAAGCUUGAGUUUACCUGCACAGCCUUUCGCGAGGAGAUCACCAUUGAUGAUAUGUUAAUAGUGGAGAAAACAGACGCAGAAGGAGAGGAGAAGUUCCCGUAUGAGGGCCCUGAGUUUACCGAGCUCCCUGUGAAUGUGCAGAAAGGCCUGUUCAAGUUCUUGGAGCAAAGGGGUAUCACGCUUUCGGCUACCAACUACAUGCACAAUUACAUGGUGACCAAGCAAGCCCAGGAGUACAUCCGGUGGAUGAUGAAGCUGAAGGAUUUCGUCCGGCAAUGAGAACAGCAAGUGAUUGGCCGACAUUUUUGGUAGACUAGCCUUAGUAUGUGUUACAGGAAUACUAUGAUUAAGCAAAGCUUGUCACUCUCUUCAAAAAAAGAGAGAGAAAUGUAUCUGUAUCAGUCGGCAAAACAAGGGCAGGUAGAUUUCCAUCUAUGUUUCAAGAAAUCUAAGAAAUAGUGGAAGGUAAUUGAUGGUUUUCUGUAACAGGAGCUGAAUUUGGGUUCCUGUGAUUUGCCUGGC